AAGUGGCAUCAGCCAGGGGGACCGGGACCGGCCCCCCCCCCCCCCCGAGGGCUUUGCUUGCACCCCCAAAGCAGCUGCUCCCCAGAAAGGUGGCAGGGAAGUCAAUUAAAUAGGAUCCCCCCAAGUUGUGCGUCACGGGCAGGCCGAAUUCCGGUCCGGGAGUGCAGGGUCAUGGCGUGUUUCUUCAUUAAAAAUUAAAACCUCCCCGGCCAACUGAAGUUGUGAAAACAGAAGUGCAUGUCCUGCGUAUGAAGCACAAUAGGCAGGCGGAGGGACGCAGGCAGGGGACAGCUUCCUCGCUGAGAAACCGUCCAGAUUCGCCCCACGGGCUGCGGCGCGCAAGGGGAACUGAGAUCCCCGGGUGUCCGACAUCCUCCUAAGAGACGAAGACAAAAUGGAGACAAAUGGUCGAGCAAACGGGUCAUGCAAGAGAGAUGCUGUAUGACUCCACGGCAUGUCUACCACAGCAUGUCCUCCACGGCCAGGAGACCCUUCCACUGCCCCGACGCCUGCCGGCGAUGCUGCCGCGAGCGCCGUACCACCGUAACGUCACAGGGACUAUACAGGAGAGUUUUGUUGGAAGUUAGAAAGUUUUGCAGCCUCCAGAGGGCUGUAGCGGCAGUAGCAGAAGCAGCAUCCAAGGGACUCCUGGAAGGGGAAGAGAGGGAGCGAGCGAGCGACUGACUCAGUCCUGCUGCAGAAAAACUGACCCGAGACGACGGAGGCAGACAUGGAACAUCAGCUGCUGUGCUGCGAGGUGGAGACCAUCCGACGAGCCUACCUAGAUGCCAACCUCCUCAAUGACAGGGUGCUGCAGACAAUGCUGAAGGCGGAGGAGACCUGCUCGCCCUCCGUCUCCUACUUCAAGUGCGUGCAGAAAGAAAUCUUGCCAUAUAUGAGGAAAAUAGUUGCCACUUGGAUGUUGGAGGUCUGCGAGGAGCAGAAGUGCGAAGAAGAAGUUUUCCCCUUGGCUAUGAAUUAUUUGGACAGAUUUUUGUCGUUUGAACCCCUCAAGAAAAGCCGAUUGCAAUUGCUCGGAGCUACCUGCAUGUUUGUGGCUUCAAAAAUGAAGGAAACUAUUCCUCUGACCGCAGAAAAACUGUGCAUUUAUACAGAUAACUCCAUUAGACCCGACGAAUUACUGCAAAUGGAGCUGCUUCUGGUGAAUAAGCUGAAAUGGAAUCUGGCUGCAAUGACCCCCCACGAUUUCAUUGAACAUUUCCUUACUAAAAUGCCUCUGGCAGAGGACACCAAGCAGAUCAUCCGUAAACAUGCUCAGACUUUUGUGGCUCUGUGCGCUACAGAUAUUAAAUUUAUUUCAAACCCACCUUCCAUGAUCGCAGCUGGCAGUGUGGUAGCAGCUGUGCAAGGCCUGCAUCUGGGGAACACUAACACUUUCCUCUCCUAUCAAUGCCUCACACAUUUCCUAUCACAAGUUAUCAAAUGUGAUCCGGAUUGUUUACGAGCCUGCCAAGAACAGAUUGAAUCCCUCCUUGAAUCCAGUCUACGUCAGGCACAGCAGCACAACGUAUCUUCAGAAACAAAGACUGUAGAGGAUGAAGCAGACCUUUCCUGCACACCCACUGAUGUGCGAGAUGUGAACAUUUAAGAGGACUUCUUCUAAUGGGUUUGCUUGGCGAGAAAAGCAGACAAAGAAAGGGCAUCUGAGAAGGAAUCAGCAUCAGGAUCUCCCCCCCAGAAACCCUUUUCUCCAGGACAUUUUUAUACCAGAAGGGAAAACCAGUCUUGUUAUAUUUUUUCUUGCUCUGUCUCCCUUCCAUCUGUGACUUCAAACAAACAAAUAAACAAAAAAUACCCCAAAAACUGUCUUAAAAAAAGAAAAAAAUAGUAUUUGCAUUACCCCCAGGGGUUUGUGCUACAAAAAUAGAGGAUUUUAUACAAUAAUAAUCAACUAGUUUUUAUAUUAAAGUGUUCUUGUCUGUAUGUUGUAAAAAUAGGCAUUAACACACAAAAUGUCUCCAGGGGAGGUAUUAGAUUUGAUUUCUUACAUAUAAAACAAACCAACCAACCAUUUUUAAAGUAGAAGAGGGUUUUUUUUUUAGAUAGUAAAUGAAAUAUUCUUUUUUUUUCUUUAAAAAGCAUAGCUUUAACGCAGUUCUAGGCUUUUCUGUAUCUUGCUUGCUUAUGCAUUUAGUCACUUUAUAAUUCAUCUGUAAAUGUUUAUUUUAUUUCCUUAGGUUUUUUUUAUCCUCUUCACCUUAUAAAUGGUUAACAUAACCCAUAAGUUAGUGUAUGUUAGUAUGCAGCAUUAUUAUAUGUUAAUCUUUUUUUGUGCCUGUGGAUUGCCUGUGCAUAAGGCAUUUGUAGGGUUCCAGCUUAGCAUUGUUGGGGAAGGCCAAUGUACUACUCAUACGAUACUCUAUUAUAAAGAGAAACCGAAAUAGUGACAUAAUAUAUUAUAUUUUUGUAAUCUUCAUAUUUUUGUAGUUACCUGUGUAAAAAUGCUGGUCUGACCCCACAGAUAUUCAGCCUAAUUAUGGUCAGGUUCAAUCCACAGUUCAGUCUUUUUUUUUUUUGUUUGUUUGUAAUAUUCUAAAACCAUUCCAUUCAAAGCACUUUCAGUCCAUUAGAUAUAGGAAAUACAUUCUUUUAUUGUGUGGGAAUUUUUUUUUAAUGGAAUGGUUUGGAAAUAUAUAAGUGCUUGUUCGCAAACUUGGAAUUGCAAAGCAAGUGCAUUUAACUAUGGUGUUAGAGGAGAGGUGAUUUUUUUUUUUUUUCCCGAAGGUUGUGUUCCAGUGAGAGAAAUUGCAUUCACAAAUUGCCAGGAUAUCUUCCUAUCCUUUUCUAUAGAAAAGUUGAAGUUUAGAAUCCUUUGGUGCCAACUCAUCUUUAUAAAUUAGGGGCCUUAAAGGUUCACAUAUAGGACACAUAGUUUAAGGAUUGUCGCUAGAUGUUUUACAACUGAAGGUUUUUAAACACUAAAAUAUAUAAUUUAUAGUUAAGGCUAAAAAGAAUAUUUAUUGCAGAGGAUGUUCGUAAGGCCAGUAUGAUUUGUAAAAUAAUGCAAUCGCCCCUUUUUAAAAAAAAUCUUUCUACCCUUGAUGUUGCAGUUUUAACACAGCUUAUUAAAGAAAAAAGGACACGCUUCAGAGAACAAACCCAAAACAAAGCAGUCUAUUUGGCCCCUUCCUAUACAUUUUCAAAAGCAGUCUAACCAUGAAAAAAAACGCCAUAGUUAAUAGAUAUGAAAAUUGGAGUACUUGAAAGAAGUUCUUAUUCCAGUAUAUGCCCCAUUUUUUUAUUUAGCUACAAAUAGAAAAUUUGCACAUCUUGGCUAUGUAUCUUUUUAUUAUUAUUUUAGAAAGUAGCUGAAGGGACGUGGACAUAGCUGUUGAAGUUGAUGCUCGAGGAGAAUGUGAUGGUGAAAUGUAUGUGAGAAAACUGCCGCUAAGGUGUUGAUUGUAAAAAAACAAAACAACAAAAAAAACAACAAAAAAAAGAAAAAAGAAAAAAAAUUAAAAAUUUAAAAAAAAAAGAAAAAGAAAAGAAAAGGAGUGGAUGCUCCAUUUUUAUUGAGCUGCUAUGGAUAAAUUCCCAGCAUGGUUUGAAAAAAAAAAUUAACAUUGCUUUUCUGUAUCUUUGUCAUUGUGUUUUGCUGCUAUUUUGUGGAUCAGUUUUUUUUUUUUGUUAUACAAUGUCAUAUACUGCCAUGUUAUAGGUUUUAAUUUUCUCAUAGAAAAUUAUAUUAUUGACAUCAUUUUUUUGUAGAUUUUUUAUGUGAUCAAUUUUUACUUAAUGUGAUUACUGCUCUAUUCCAAAAAGGUUCCUGUUUCACAAUACCUCAUACUUCAGUUAACCAUGUCUAGACCAGGUUUUAAUGUUCGUACACAGUGCCUCAUAGUUCUACUGCAAACGGAAAUGCAUCGAACGUUAUUCUGAAUGGGUCUCGCGAUUUGCAACUAGGUUGCAUUAAUUUAAAAACAGCAGACAUUUCAGAAGAUCAAGUAAUGUCAGUUUUUUUUGUUAUGCAUUCUAUAAAGCUGGAUUCUUUGUCUGAUCUGGGGUUUAUUAUCAUAGUAGUUUUAAGCUGUGUUAUUAGCCACAUUGAUAUAUGAAAGGUGCAUUAUAAUAUAACUCUUGUAUGCCACCUGAUGUGGUUUCCCAUCAGUUGGGACACAUCAUUUGGUAUUAUAGGUUAUCUUCUGGAACUCUAAGUAUUUUGUGUGUUUAAUCUGUUAUGAUAUACUAGUUUUUUGUUGGUUUUUUUUUUUAAUUAUAGCAUAAUGCUAAUUUAAAAAGCCUGUAAAUCUCAUAAAUAAGCCAGCUAACAGAGUUGUAUGCUGAAGAAUAAUCUAGCUGUUGCCUGUAUGCUGCUAAACCAAAACAGAAUUAGAACUCAUUUUGAGGCAAAUGCAGUUAAGAUCCUACAUAGUGCAGAAAUAAAGCAUUGCAAUGCUACUAGCAGUCGCAGGACCCAGGAGGACUGGAUACAUUCUGUCCAAAUUUCAGGAACAUUUCUUACUGCUUACCUCAUAAAACACUUCUGUUUGUGGCAUCUCUGUGUCUCUGAACCAAACAUGAUUAUUGAGUUAGUGCUUGUUGGUUAUAUUAUGUGUUACACUGAGUGGCAGUGUGUACUGCAAAUUUCUUUAAAAUAUUGUAUGUACUAAAAGGCCAAAUCCAGAUAAGUGGGUUCAUGUGCCAACAGAGAUGCUUUAUUUGUCACAUUAUUAUAACAAUCUGUAGUAAGCAAGCAAUUCAGAUUUGUACAUUUUUAUAUUGUACUUAUUGGCAUCACUGGUCUGAAAUGCACAUUUUCACCAACAGACCUGUAACAGACAAGUUUCCAGCAAAAAAAACUAAAGUCUAGAAAUAAAAUUGGUAAAACCCAA